ACAGUCCGCGCCGACGCGACGCACUAGCGCUUCGUACGCAGACGACUUAGUUUAAGCUCCACUUAGCAGCACCAACACCAUGCUACGUUUGUCAACGUUUUGCACUCUACUAGCCUUGGUUUCCGCUCAGAGUGGAUACGAAUAUAACAAGCCUGGCAAGCCUUUUGGUCCAGGUACGACACCCAGCAGGCCGGGGUAUACACCUGGGUCACAAGGCGGUUUUCCAGGAUCUCCAAUUGCAUCCAUUCCCGGAACUCCACAAAGGGACCCAGCCGCUGCAUCGGGAUCCACAUCUGGAUAUCCAGGACCUUCUAAUUAUCCUUCAGGUCCCAAUCAAGGUUACCCAGGUUCCGGCCAGCGCCCUCAACCAGGUUUUCCAGGCCAAGGUACAUCAUCUCCGUCAUACGCAGGUCAAGGCCCAUCGGGUCCAUCGUAUCCCAGCCAAGGCUCUUCGACUCCAUCGUUUCCAGGACAAGGACCAUCACCACCUUAUUCAGGACAGAGCCCAUCAGCUCCAUCAUAUCCAGUUCAGGGCACAAGCGCCGGUAGCUUACCUGGCCAAUCAGUGCCCAACUAUUCGAAUCAAGGUUUGCCAGGUCAAAAUUAUCCAAGCCAACCCGGUCAACAAGGAACACCUGGCAAACCUAGUGGAUUCGGACCUGGCUUUAACACCGAUGAUACUGGAGCUUAUGAAGGUGGUGACUAUUCUGCUAUUCCUGGAGAACCGGAUAAAGACUACCCAAUACUGACAGAAAUACCUCAAACCUCAUUUAGAUGUGAUGCCCAAGCUUAUCCUGGCUAUUAUGCUGACGUAGAAACACGUUGUCAAGUUUUCCACGUCUGUGCAAAUAACAGAACUUUCGAUUUUCUUUGUCCCAAUGGGACAAUAUUCUCUCAACAAGUCUUCGUUUGCGUGUGGUGGAACCAAUUUGAUUGCAACUCAGCACAGAGUCUGUACGAACUCAACGCAAACCUUUAUGAUUAUUCAAUAACCGGAUCUAGACCUCAAGGUGGCUUCCAAGGUACAAAUGAUUAUCAGCAAGAACCCACGGGCCCCUACGCAGGAACAGGACCGCAAGGACCAUCAGGUGUCUACCCAGGUAGCAUAGGGCCUCAAGGUCCUUCCUCUGGUUAUGCCGGGACUACAGGCCCGCAAGGUCCAUCUGCCGGUUACCCUGGCAGUACAGGUCUUCAGGGACCAUCCGUAGGUUUCCCUGGAAGUUCAGGUCCACAAAGCCCUUCUUCUGGAUACCCCGGGAGCUCUAGUUCGCAAGGGCUGACGGCUGGCUAUCCCAGUUCUGGAUCACAAGCACCAGCAGCCUCAUAUCCUGGUAGUACUGGUCAGCAAGGUCCACCAGCGUCAUACCCAGGUAGCACUGCCCCACAAGGUCCGUCCUACACAGGCAAUUCAGCCGCGCCAGGUUAUCCAGGUUCUCCAAGUUCUCAAGGCCCAACGGCUACGUAUCCAGGCGCACAAGGACCAUCAAACUACCCCGGCUCUCGCCCUGGUGAAAGUCAAGGCUACCCAUCAGGUAAACCCAGUGGUCCAGCUUUUUCUACUCCGGGCAGCGGAGGCAGACCGCAAGGUGACACAGGCUACCCUGCACAACAACCUAACAGAGAAUAUUUGCCACCUAGAACUUAAUCAGGUAUUAAUCAGAAGUCCUACAACUGUAAUUGUUGCAGUAUUGUUAUCAAAGAAACUAAGAUAAUAUUUUGUUAGGAUAAUGAAAUAUAACUUAGGUCAUUUGUGUUGUAAUGAUGAAAAAAAAUUAGAGCCAAAACAUUGUUAAGCCAGUACGUUAGCAUUACGUUAUCAAACGACAAAGUUGGUGCUGUCUAUUAAUUGUUGUAUAUCUACAAAAUAGAUUUAAGUAUUCCGUCUAUAUAGUAUAGAGAUUCGUUUAAAUUUAGUUCAAUAUAUUCAAUCUUGUAACAUGACAUUUCUGUUUAUAAUUUAGCGCGGUACCAAUCCAGUUAGUUUAUUCGAUCGACUAUAGUUACCAAACCUAGUGUUUAUU